AUGGCGGACGACAUCACUACGCGCUACCGCGAGGCGCGGGCCAGGGUGAAGGAGACGCGAGAACGAUUGCUCAUUACACGCCGUCAGAUUGCAGAUCAAACUAUUGACAAGGUGGCGGGGGGUCGCGUUGUCCCUGCGCGCAUCAACUUCCAGCUGGUGCGCACCCUGACUGGCCACAGCGCAAAGAUCUAUGCCCUGAGCUGGGCGGGCGACCGCAUUGUGACUGCCAGCCAGGACGGCCGGCUGAUCGUGUGGAACGCCAUGACGGGGGCGAAGACACACGCCAUCAAGCUGGUGUGCCAGUGGGUGAUGACGUGCGGGCUGUCUCCCAGCGGGCAGUUCGUGGCCAGCGGCGGCCUGGACAACGUGGCGUCCAUCUUCAACCUCAAGAACAAGCGCGCCGACAAGGACGGCCACAUCCCGCCCUCCAGGAUGCUCGCGGGACACAAGGGGUACAUCUCGUGCGCGCGCUUUGUGGACGACGGCAGCAUACUGACGAGCAGCGGCGACCAGACGUGCAUUCUGUGGGACAUCAAUCGCAACACGCGCGUCAAGACCUUUGGCGGACCUGACGACCCCUCUGCGCACCAGCAGGACGUCAUGAGUGUGUGCCUGCAGCCGCGCAGUGCCGACGUGUUUGUGUCGGGGUCGUGCGAUGCGACUGCCAAGCUGUGGGACGCGCGCGAGCCGGGUGGCGCCAUCCGCACCUUCGUCGGCCACACCGCCGACAUCAACGCGGUGCAGUUCCUGUCCGACGGCUUCACGUUCGGCAGCGGCAGCGAUGACGGCAGCUGCCGCCUCUUCGACAUCCGCACGGGGCACCAGCUCAUCACCUUCGCCGACAACAACCCCGCGCUGCAGCACGCCGACUACCCCAUGUGCGUCACAUCCAUAGCCUUCUCGGCGUCUGGGCGCAUCCUGCUGGCGGGCUACUCCAACAACCUGUGCUACGCCUGGGACGCCGCCACGGGGCAGAUCGCGGCCAACAUCAAAAACCACAGCGGCAGGGUCAGCUGCAUUGGGACGUCCGCUGACGGGUACGCAAUGGCUACUGGCAGCUGGGACAAUAAUCUGAGGAUAUUUGCUCCCUCACACGCACCAAUGCCAAGGGCGGGGGCUUGA